UGAUGACGUAUUUGCUGUGGGCGGGGUUACAUGUCGAGCAAGGCUUGCCCGGUCACCUGUCUCAGCUGUCAGCUGUGCUAGAUCUUAAAGAUGGCAGGAAAUAAGUCUUACACUAUAGUAGAAUAUUUCGGGGGAGAAGAUGGCUACCGCUGUGGUUACUGUAAAAGCCAAACGGGAAACUUCUCUCGUGGGAUGUGGUCCCACACCAUGACAGUACAAGACUACCAAGACCUCAUAGAUCGAGGAUGGAGAAGAAGUGGGAAGUAUGUUUACAAACCCAUAAUGCAGAAGACAUGCUGUCCACAGUAUACCAUCAGAUGCCACGCUCUGAAAUUCCAGCCUUCCAAAUCCCACAAGAAAAUCCUGAAGAAGAUGAACAGAUUUAUAUCCAAAGGGGAGCUGCAAAAGGGGCAGGAAGAUUGUGCAGGUGAGCCAAUGGACUCUGUGUGUGAAGAGGCAGGACCACAGGAACUGAGGAAAGUACAUUUAAAGUGCACCACUCUCACAGGCAUUCAGAAGGAUGCUACAGAGUUUCCAUCUACCACAGAAGUUCAGAAGGAGGCAGCAGAUGCCACACCUACAGGCUCGCAAACAUCACAAAAUGAUCCAGUGUCUGUACUGGCUGGGACCACAACAUCCGCAGCUCCCAAAUCAGGGAAUGGAGCCGAUCCUAGCCGCCCGCCGUGUAGGAAGGCCAAAGAGUUGAGGAAAGAGCGGCGUCUUCAGAAAGAACAAAUGAGGCAAAAUGGUGACGGCGUUUCCUCCACUGUCUCUCCUACCCAACCCACUCCUAGUCAAAACAACCAAUCAAAAACACUGGAAGAAUUCAUCAGCGAAUCAUUGCCUGAAAACUCUGCUCAUUGCCUUGAGGUGAGGCUAGUGCGCUCCAAUCCCCCUAGCCCGCAGUUCAAAGCUUCUUUCGACGCCUCCUACCAGGUGUACAAACUCUACCAGAUGGGCAUUCACAAGGACCCUCCUGACAAACCCACCGAGAGCCAGGUGAGGCUAGUGCCAGUGAACUUUGAGGACCCUCAAUUCAUGGCGUCGUAUCAGCAGUCGUCAGCGCUGUACGCCCAAUACCAGAUGGCCAUUCAUGGUGAUGACCCCAGCGAAUGUAGUGAGAGUGAGUUCAAGAGAUUUCUCUGUGAUUCACCGUUAGAGGCAGAAUAUGCUCCAGAUGGGCCUGAGGUGGGCUACGGCUCCUUCCACCAGCAGUACUGGCUGGAUGGACGUAUUGUGGCAGUGGGGGUGAUUGAUAUCCUGCCUACCUGUGUGUCCUCCGUCUAUUUGUACUACCAUCCCGACUUUAACUCACUGUCUCUGGGCUCCUACUCUGCUCUCAGGGAGAUCGCUUUUACCAAGCAGCUGCAGAAACAGUCUCCCAAGCUGUCCUACUACUACCUGGGCUUUUACAUUCACUCCUGCCCCAAGAUGCGGUAUAAGGGGCAGUACCGGCCUUCUGACCUCCUGUGCCCAGAAACCUAUGUCUGGGUAUCGAUAGAGCGAUGCAUCCCCCUUCUUGACAACUCCCGCUACGCUCGUUUGAACCAGGAUCCUGAUUUAGGAGAUGCUCGGGCCGUGAGGGAUUUGGGCAGAGCUCUGGUGCUAUACAGACGGACUGUCAUGCCCUAUGCAGCCUACUCCCGCAAACGCAAGGGCUCCAGCGACGAGAUGGAGGUGCAGCAGUACGCCAGCUUGGUUGGCCAGGACUGUGCUGAAAGGAUUUUGCUUUAUCGCUCGUAAACACAACACAUCAUAUUACCUUUGAAUAAACGUAAAUACAUACUCCCUCGUCUGUUUCUGUAUGUCGCUGUUUAUGAAAGUGCUUUCUGACGCCUAUCCACGUAGUCUCACCGUGCUUACCCUCCUGUAUAUUCUGACCAUGCAGCAGCCGAUGGCAAUCUACUGCAUGUAUGGCCUCAUUCACUUAUUCAUUUAUGAGUUCUAUUUUUUUAAUCUGUGAACACCACUGUUCUGGGUUCAUUCUUUUUUGUGUGCACCAUUUUGAUUUACUACAUGGACAAGUUCAUUAAAUGGAUUUUUUUUGUAGGAAACUAUUUGGAAUAUAUUCAGUGUAUUUGCAGUACAGCAGAGAACAGAAAAGAAUGUGUUAUUCUUUUAUUUUCAAAAAACUUUUCCAAAAUUUCAACAAAAAAAUUCAAAAGUUCCUAAUUUGCUGUAACUUUUUUAACAGUUUAAUGCUGCAUGUGGUCAAUGAGAAGAAACUCAAUUAGAAAAUAGCAGCCAGCAGAGUAACUACAGCUACACUGCUGCCUUUCUCUCUUAUGUCACCGUGGGACGCAACCAUCUCGAUUGAUAAAACAAACUCAGUUUAAGCUCAACUUGUAAUAAAUUUGCUUUACAUCUGCUAUAGCUGAGGUACAGCAACUGGUGCAAUACAAACACACACAAAAAAACAGGUCUAGACAUAAACAGAUGAGCCAAAGAAAAAUUUAUAGUGAACAGAUUGACUAAUGCAAUCAUAUUCAUGCACUCUUACGCCCCUAUCACAUAUCCUCCCUUUGACUUUUUUUCUUUCUUUUUGGCACCUCUCUUAAUUGUGUAUGCUUCAGUGCUGAUCUGAAAGAGUGUUUGACUGCACCCGGGUUCGUAUCAACAUCGCCAGUGACACUCACUAAGCAUGCUUUUUUUUUUUUUUUGAAUGCCUGGUGAUUAAAACAUUUUCUUUUAUUAUUAUUGUUAUUAUUAUUUGCAUAAACUGCGUCCCAAAAAAAUUCACCUCAGCAUUGUAAAGAUUUUAUCACUUGAGUUCAUGCUUGAGGUCAAGCAAACAAGACAUUGUUUUCAAUACUUUUGAUUUUAAGUGUUGCUUUUCUUUUCCUUUGAAUAUUGACUGUUAUUUUUGAUGAAGUUGAAUAAAGGAGUUACAGCCUC